UCUUACACACUGGCCACUCGACUGCAAGCCACCGCGCGCGGCUCUCGCGUCUCGCAUUUUGAAAUCGAUUGAUCGAUUUCACAGACGAUGAGGACAUCCCUAGUGCUGUGAUUUUGUGUUCGAAUUUUGAAUUUUAUGUUCGGAAAUAUGUUUUGGUUUUUGGUAGUCAUUUCGUGCACGCUCGCGUCAGCAGAGUAUAAUUACUUCGCAAUACCCCAAUCGGCAGCGUCGGAAGCCCAAAUCAAAUUCGCCAUAGAAAACAAAUAUGAUGACACCGGACCAGGUGCGAAAGAGAGGGAGACAGCAUAUAACACAUACAAGAACUUAGAUGAAGCCCUGCUCAGCUAUCUGGACGAUCCGGACACAAAAUUGCCAGAGUUUGAAAAAGCAGUGGCUGUAAGCAAGUUAUUGAACACUAACAAAUAUACCAAAGCUCAGUAUCCAUUUUUACCAAAACACAGCUUAGGUUUUGCCCACAAACCAUCGUUUGAAGAGCUAGUGGCUAAGAAAGGGUACUGGAAUUUCAAAGAAGGGAUUUUUAAUAAUAGGAUAAAUGAAGGAAGAAUCCCGUUGUUGAAAGGGCCCGUGAAUCUUGGAUUCAUCACAAGUAAUCCGAAGCCUGUGUCUCCAACUGCUCUGUACUCUCUCGUGUACGAUGCCAAUGUCAGACCGAGCAAGCCGUUCCCGGCUCCCUCCCAGGGCGACUUCGUGCGAGGAUACUAUUCCCUGAAGGGCGGCGACGGCAGGACCAAGAUCAUAGACUACGCUGUCAACCAUCACGGCUACACGGCAGCGGAGAGGAGCGACGUCACCAAAUAGGGUAUAAUGGGUAUUUUGCCACUGCCAUAUAAGGAAUGUUCUGGACUUAGUUGAAAUUGACGACAAUUCAAAUAAAAUUCGAAUGGUACCUAUACUAACUCACGUGGUAUGCAGUGGGAUUCCAACUUGGGAAUGUUAGGUUUCUCAACCGCCUUACAACAACCGGUAAUUGGAUUUUAAUAUAAUUUCGUAUUUUAUUGUUUUGUAAUCAAUUAACACACAAUAUCAAUCAAAUAUAAAUAAAUAUAGGUAUAAGAACCACUAUACCAUAUAACUGCAAUCUGCAAUAUUUUAUAUACAUACUAUAUACUAGGUACCUGAUGGUUACACCUAUCGUAAGUACGGUAUGAGGUACUUUUAUUUAAGUCUACAGACAGACAGUACAAUAAUUAUAGGGUGAUAAUACAAGAGUGGUAUUACAAUACCGUGGCCGUGGGCCGUGGUAGUUUGUAGCUUAUGAGAAAUAACUGUAAAUAUAAAAAUUGACGAGAAAAAGUGCCUGUGAAGGUCUAAUUUCUGAAUAAACGAUUUGAUUUGUUUUGAUACAUAAAUAUUGCGUACAUUUCGAAUUUUAUUUGAUUUAAGUAUAUAAAUAAAGUACUUAGGUAUAAAUAUAAUAUAAUAUGUACUUAGUAGGAAAGAUAAUUUAUAAUUUACAUUGGGCACAACACAGUAAUGUCUCGUCUAUCUAAACCUAAAAUAUCCCUACCUACCUGAAUAGGACAGUAAGAUUGUUUUAUUCUUGAGAAAUCUUCAUUUAAAAUGAUUUUCAUUUACAUGAUGACAUUGUAAUGACGACGACAUAUCGUGGAUGCAUGCCAUUCGAUGUGAUUGAUCUUCACGAUGAGGCAAAUCUUUUUUCCUGCUAAAAAUGUAUAUUAUUAUCCUGGUAUUACAUAUAGUUUAGUAUAAUUAUAUGGUUAGCAGAAAUAAAAUUAAAUACCAGUUAGUACAGUCAACCGUAUGUCAAGUUACCCAAAAUUGAACCCUAAUGUACACACAUGGCACGUACCUACACAAAUCAUUUCAAUAGCAAUAAUGACGAAUUAGGCUGGGGAGAGCUAUAAUGAAACGUGAAACUACCGAUUCAAUUUUAAAGAAGUACUUACCUAAUGGGUAUUUUGGAAAACACAUUCAAUUGCCACUCUACGCUAGGUACCUAUAUAGUGGCGAACAUCAACAGUGCGAUAGAGAGAGUUUGUGCUUAACCUAUUUUUUUUUUGAUAAAACGUUUUUCACUAAUUAAAUCGUAAUAAAUCUCUUUGAAUUUGGUCUCAAUCAUUUAUUUAUAUAAUAUUAUAGGCUUUUAAGUUUCGCUUUUUUAAUUACCUUCAAAGAUUUGUUUUUACAAUAAAAACGGCAAACUAAUUGCAGAAAUAAUGACCUUAAAACCUAAAACCUAAAUGAAUUGAGAUCGCAUCGCAUAGGUACCAAGGUUGACCUCAUUUUGUGCUAAGUAUGUAACUCAUUUGUGCUGUUAGUUGUAGUAUUUAAUUUGUAAUAAUUUUGGAUGAAUUCAUGUGCUGUUGACUGUACCCUACGAACAAUCCACCGUAGUGUUAUAACAUAGUCAUUUUAAGAAAUAGUCAUUCCCCUGUAACUAUUGAAUAAUUCGUAUUUUUUUUUACAUUUUGAUAUAAAAUUAAGUGGGUUUUUAAGUAAUAUUAUGAAUUUUAAUGUAUGAAUUUAAUAAAGAUAAUUUGAUGAGA